GGGUAGUGCGCUCGGCGCGCGGCCAGCGCGGCUCCGCUCCCCGCUCCUCCUCCCGCCGGGCCCGCAGGGGACAGCGACACUCGCCAGGCGCCUCCGUCCCGGCGCUGCCCCGCGCCCCCGCCGCUCGAUAAGCAGCUCCUGAGGACUGAAGUACCUGCCCAGGGAACACCUGCUCCUGAGGUGCUCAGGCAUGGCUGACCUGGACCACACCCUGAGCCUGGCCGACGCUCUGACGGAGCCGCCGCCCGACGUGGAGCCGGAGGUGAAGAGGGACUUCAUCGCCUCGCUGGAGGCCGAGAAGUUCGACGACGUGGUGGGGGAGACCGUGGACAAGACAGACUACGUGCCCCUGCUGGAUGACGAGGACGAGGCCAGGCCUGGCGGCCAGGAGCCCAAAAGCAAAGGCCACGUGGACGGAAUUGCCGUGGAACAUUCCUCAGCCUCGGGGACGAUGGUGGUGGAGAACGGUGACCACGGGCUGCAGGACCACCACACAGAAGCCUAGACUGUCUCCUAACACUGGGGCUGCCACUGACACGAGACCAGUGUCCUUUUCUACCUGCCAUUACACUUCUAAAAUCUGCAGCAUUUUACAGAGCUCUUGCUUUACCUCCUGGGACUUGGCUGUAGAAGAACCAAAGGGUGGCUCCAUCCUGCUCCUCCUCCCUGUGCUCUGCAGUGCUUGUUGAAACCUUCCUCUCUCUGUGUAAGCACAAAAGUGCACCCUGGUUUGGAACUGCACUGUGCCUCUGCUUUGAAAUCACGACCACAGCUCCAUUUUUGCUUUGAUCACCUUUAAAUUUAAUUUCUCUCCGUUUUUCAUGGUGCUCGAUAAGAGAAGGUUUGAAAUUUCCACUUGUGCUUCCAUAGUGGAUGGGUCCACCAUGACUGCAGCUCCCUUCCCUUCUCCCCACACUCACCACAGCCUUUUAGAUACCUGCCUUGCUCCUUGCUGCUUCGAAACCCUCUCCCAUGGGGUUCUGGUCUGUAACAGUGUUGUUUUCUUGGGUGGUUCACAUCAUUUCAGCACUUGGUAGACUUGAGAAACAGAUCAGGAAAAACCAAUUGUCCUGAGGUACAGGUGGAUCAGCUCUGGUGUCUGAGGGGUGCAUUUUGGGGUCCAAGCCUUGCCAUAACUGGGGAGUAUGAAGGAAAGCAGCCAGCCCCAAAUUCCUGCCUUAGGGAGUGGCUUUGCUGUCACACUCCUUCCCAAAAACCCUGGAAGUAAGGAAGGAAAUUGCCUUUUUUAACUUCACACCUCUGGCUUCCUGUGGGGAAUGACAGCCUUGGAUGGAAUUUUACCUGCCAUGAGAAAUAAUCUGUCCCUGCUAACACUGGGGGAAACAGAAGCACUGAGAUGUGAUAUUGUGCUGAAAUAAUCCUGACAGAUUCCAGCAGCACCAGAAGGAGCAGGCCUGGUUUAACCUAAACCAGAGCUACAGGAGCCUGUCCAGUGGGAUUCCCACUGCCCCACAGAGGUGCAAAGCUUUCCAAAGACAAAAGUGCUCAUUUUUUCCAUUAAUAGAUGAAACAAAUCAUGAAAGGAGGAGAUAAUUAGAGAGAGAAAGCAGGGUUUAACCUGGGGCAGGCUCAGCCUGGCUUGGGAGGCGAGGGAUGUGUUGGGUGAGGAGAAUCCUCUGCUGCAGCUCAGGGUACUUGGCCUGCAGCACCUGAUGGAAGGGAUUUAACUGAACCCAAAUGCAGGUUGAGGCUGAGCUGCCCAAAACAAGAGCUAAGAGCUUCACCUGCCCAAAAAUGGCAUUUCCUUGUGGCGAGGGCAGCUGCCCCGUGGCACCCACCUGCUGCAGGCAGGACUGAGGGCUCUCCCAGCUGGAAUGGGCAGUGCCAGGGCUGUGCCAGAGCCAGCAGAGCAGCUUUGGGCAUCUCCCCCAGCCUUGCUCUGCUGUUUGUCCCCAGUGAGACCUCGCGUGCUCCCGGCGGGGUGGCAGUGCCAGCGCUGAGUCACGGCCUGGCCGCUGCUCUGGGGCAGGACCUGGCACUUCUCUCCCCAUUUUGGUGCCAGUUUACCCCUCUGUGCCCCCUCCCUUAGGGGUUUCUCCUCCCUGGUGCACAGUUGUUGUUUCUGGGCAAACCCCAGGUCCUGGAGGCUCCCAGUGCCCCAAACUGGGCUCUUCUUCCCACCCCAUGAAUUUCACAGCAUCAUUCAAGUUGGGAAAGACCUGAGAUCAGUUCCAACCUGUGAGUCCUUCAUCUGCUUUCUUUGGCUUUUUGGUGUCUGUGGCCAUAAAAGGAGAUUCUUGCCUUCUUGGCUUUCUUUUCAAAGACCUUUUCAUAGCUUUUUUUUUUUUUUUUUUUUUUAAUGUGAUUUUGAAGCAAGGCAGCAUCAGUUUAACUUGGCUCCUCAAUUGUUCUUUUUCACCUUUUGCCUUAAGUGGGCUUAACUCUUGUGCCCUAGAAGUAGAGAAUAAAUAAGACUGGUGUCUGAGGGGUGCAUUUUGGGGUCCCAGCCCUUGUCAUAACUGGGAUUAUGAAGGAAAGCAGCCAGCCCCAAAUUCCUGCCUUAGGGAGUGGCCUUGGUGUCAUACUCCUUCCCAAAAACCGUAGAAGUAAGGAAGGAAAUUUCAGGUUGAAAUAUGGAAAUAUGGAAUAUUUUCAGAUUGAAUUAUGGAAGGUUUCAGGUACCUGAAUAUGAGACUUUGCCCACUCCCACAGAUAUUUUACUUUAAUGAAAGGCAGCAAUGCUUUAAGGUCUUGGCUAGUGGGACUUGUAGGCAGAGUGAGGUGGGCAGAGGAGUUUGGGAGCAGCUGCCCAUCCUGGGACCCCCGUGGGUGGGAUGGGGCUGGGGGGGCCCAGCAGGGCAGGGGCAGCUCCUCCAGCCCAGGGUUUGGCUGUCCCUGCUGCAAACAUGGAUCACCCAUCCCCUGCCACCCCAUGCUCCCUCCCACUCGUUUGUAGUGCCGUGGGGUCACUGAUGUGCAGGGGGCUCUGGGCACGGGGGGCUCUGGGCACGGGGGGCUGGGUGAUGCUCCUGCAGCACUGACCCCGAGCUCUGGGUGUGCUGGGGUGGGAUCCCAGGGGAUGUAGGGAAUGGGGGGUCUGUGCAGAGUGCUGGAGCUUCUGUCCCUCCUGGAAACAUCCCUGUGGGAGCUGGGUGAGGGUGUCCUGUGCAGCCCCAGGAGCAGGGGGGCACAGGAGUGGUCUGUGCUCAGAUCUCCUGCUCUCCUGCAGCCCUGGAGCUGCUGCUGUACCUGUGCUGUGCUCUAACACCCUGUGCUUGCACACCUUGUGUUGUCUCUGCUGCUGCUGAGUUGUGAACUCCGAUGCUCUGUACGAUGUGAAGCUGUAACUGCUGUGCAAUAAAUGUCCCUAAUAAACAUCUCAAACUAA